AUGGAUGUCUACCGGCAGGCCAGUGACAUCGUGCUCGCCGUCCGUGAGGGCAAUGGUACCGCAAAGGCUCUCUGCCUUCGGAAGGAGAUGCAAAAGAAGAAGCAGACCUAUGCGGUGGUGUGUGAAACACUGCGGCACUACGACCUCCUGCAGGACGUCCUCGAUCAGGCGGAGUUCUUUAAGUACUACCCGCGUGCUAACAAGGAGUUUGCCAUUUGCAUGACGUACGACGUCGUGUUAGGAAAAGGGCUGAACACUAAUCGCGAUACGACUGCGCAAGCAAUUCAAAAGUCUGCGCCGUAUUUGCGGGAAGCGUAUUGGCAUGUUAAGAAGCACCAUGUCAUCCCCCCACGUGCACAUGAGCCUUUUGCGGAGGACGGUAACAAGAGGGACAAGGACGAUGCUGAUAAUCAAAAUAAUGGGGAUGAGAAUAAUUACAGUCGCUCUCACAAGGACACACAGCGACGUUCCUUUGGCGAUGGCGACAUGGCGUCUGAAGUAGCCGAGCUGCAGAUUCCCCGGUACGCGCGUGUGAAUACGUUGAAGAUUGACAUGGAGAGUCUAGUCGAACGUCUCCGCCGUGCUGCUGAAAAGCGCAGCCGUGAAGGUAAUGCAAGCAAUGAGGAGAAGCCCCAGUUGCAGCAGCAGAAAAAACAACAUCAUACGAAGGGGUUUCGCACCUUGCCAGCCUUCACUGUGGAUUCUGUUGUGCCGUCGCUUCUUGUGUUUCCCGCAGGCACUGAUCUUCACGCCCACCCCGCGGUGCGGAGCGGUCAGCUUGUCCUGCAGGAUCGUGCGUCUUGUCUACCCGCAUGUGUCCUUCUGGACGUUGUGGAGGUCGUUAGGGCGUUUCCCGUCGCGACUGCUGCAUCGCUGGAGUACAUCGUUGAUGCCUGUGCUGCCCCUGGCAAUAAAACGACACAUCUCGCGGCAUUGGGUGCCCCAAAUGUGAAGAUCAUGGCGGUGGAGCGCGAUGAGAAGCGCGCGGAGCUUCUUCGCAACCGCGUACAGAGUCUCGGCGCCAGUGACUACGUGAAUGUCGUCAACAUGGACUUUUUGCAGAUGUCCUCUGCGGAUCGUGAGGCAACUGAGGGAAUUCUGCUGGACCCAAGUUGCAGUGCAAGUGGGGUUUGGACGCGUGUAGAUGUUUCGCUUAUGCGGCAACGCCAGGCCCGUAUCAUCGAAGCCAAUGAAGAUAACAAGGGCGAGGGUGUGGCAGGCAGCACUGAGACUGGGGCCAUUAGCCCCGAAGAGCAUGGCGCUGAAUUCGCCAGCAACGCCGAUCGUGUUAUGGGGCUUGCGCGGUUACAGCGGAAGCUUUUGGCGCAUGCCCUGCUUUCUUUUGACAAUUGUCGCACUGUUGUGUACUCCACUUGCUCUGUGCACAGGGAGGAAAACGAGUGUGUGGUACGGCAGGUGUUGGAGGAUACGCGGGUGCAGGCACGUGGCUGGACGCUGAGCAACAUUAUGCCCACCACAUGGAAUACGCGGGGCCACAAGUGCGCAGGUGAUGCAUUCCCGCUGGAUCACACCAUCCGCUGCGACCCCGUCGCUGACGCCACCAACGGAUUUUACGUGGCUCGCUUUGAUCGCACCGUUUAA